AUGUCUAGCCAAAAACCUCUUGUCACAACCGACAUCAGCAACUAUUCUGAUACCGGCUAUGGAGACCCACACGAGAAAAUGAAAGCAUUGACUUGGCAGGGCAAAAACCAGGUCAAAGUGGUGGAGACCGCAAAGCCAACAAUCGUUGAUGAUGAAGAUGUUAUCUUGAAGAUAACAGGCAGUACUAUUUGUGGUAGUGAUCUCCACCUGUACCAUUCGGCCAUCCCGAACAUGCAGAAAGGCGAUAUUCUUGGCCAUGAGUUCUGUGGCGUUAUUGAGAAAAUAGGACCGAAGGUCAAAAAGCGCAAGGUAGGUGAGAGAGCUGUGGCCUCUUUCCAGAUUGCGUGCGGCGAGUGUUACUACUGCCAGAGAAAACUAUCUUCGAUGUGUGAAAAAACAAAUGGCUGUCAGAGUGCAAGUGACCUCUACGGGCGCCGAACAUCAGGCAUGUUUGGAUAUUCACACUUCACCAGAGGGUUUGCUGGUGGACAGGCGGAAUUUGUCCGGGUCCCCUAUGGGGACGUGAAUCUCCUACCUUUACCAGACGAUGUUCCUGAUGAACAAGGACUGUAUUGUCAGAUGUGUGAAAAAGGAGACACAGUCGCUGUUUGGGGGGCAGGCCCUGUUGGACAAAUGGCGGUUGAAUUUGCCGUCCUAAAUGGAGCGAGCCGAGUGAUACUGAUUGACGGGGGUGAGGGAAGGUGGCGACUAGAUUUCCUGAAAGGAAAAAUUCCGCAACUUGAGACAAUCGACUACACAAGACUUCCAAGUGGAGAAACAGUUGUUUCUACGUUGAAAAGAAUGUGCAAUUGGCGUGGCCCUGACAUCACCAUUGAGUGUGCUGCUGGUGAGUACGCGAAAAGUUGGAGUCAUAUCAUUCAGAGGACAUUGGGUCUGGAGAACGAUACGUCGGAGCUUCUGAACGAGAUGAUUACUUCAGUCAGAGGCUUCGGAAGUUGUGGUGUGACUGGCGUAUACACAGGAUUCUGCAACCACUUCAACAUCGGUUCCAUGAUGGAGACGGGUGUCCAUUUAAACGGAAAUGGACAAUGCCCCGUGCAAAAGUACUGGCACGAACUAUUGACCCUCAUUCAACAGGAUAAAAUUCAUCCGUUGAACAUGGUCACUCAUCGUUUUGAUCUUAAAGACAUGGAGAAGGUGUACGAGUUAUUCAACCAACGUGCAGAAGGUAUGCAGAAGAUCUUCGUCCAGACCAAAUUCUCGGCGCCUAGGGCUCCUGCUUCACCCGCUUUGACCGUACUUUAACUUCGAACCUCGGAAUGUGCAAGAUUAUCUGCGGCCGCAGUUCCAGG